CUCAAACUGGUAUGCUUGAGCUCUGUCUUGCCGUUGUGUAGCACAAGCUGCUUGGUUCUAACAGUUUUUUUUUUAUUGAUCUAGGAUCGGUUAUGAUGGCUCAUGGAGCUCGUACGUUGCUGUGAACCCGAUCCUAGGAGCAAAUGAAGGCUAUCGGCUAACCGAAUUAUAUCUAGGUUAUCUAUCCGGGUUGGAACACCGUCACAAUGGUUACAGGUGAUACCGAACACAGUCUCAUCAGAGACUUGGGUUAUCGGACGUAGUGGAUGUGAUGCUAGUAUGUUAUCCUAUCGACUCUAUCCGCACAAGAGUGGUUGCGCCGGUGAGAUGUGCACUUUUAACAUGGUCAUGUAGCCAUGAGAUGCCGUAAAGAACGCGGUGGUCUGUUCUUCGCAAAUGCUUCCUCGACCUGGUCGCAUGUUGGGCUGUAUGAGCUCGGGAGUAAUCUCCAGCUUGGUGAUGCGGGCUACGGCGACUACGGCUACGAUCUUAUCGGUCUCAACAACGAUGAUUCUGUCUCGGAUCAAGUUAUUAGCAUGGUCACCACAGUCAAAUGGUGGAUCGGCUCGCUAGGACUCGGCGUCACAGACACGAAUUUCACAGACGAGAAUAAACUGUCUCUCUUGAGCAGCCUGGUACAAAACAUGAGCAUAGUGCCUAGUCAUAGCUAUGGCUAUACUGCCGGUGCCUUUUAUCAGAUGAAAGGCGUACCAACAUCUCUUACUUUUGGAGGGUUCGACAGGAGCCGAUUCAUUCCUAACGAGGUUUCCUUCUUUUUAUCUCCGGACAAUUUGCCUGCCGUUACCAUAAAGUCCGUCAAGGUUAAGACUGGCCCGAUGUCUAAUUCAAACUUGUUGGCUGGUGAUUUAGCCAUCGAUCUGUCCUCUAGCGGGACUUUUGUAAUAGACUCCUCUACACCUUUCCUGUGGUUUCCUGAGCAGAUUUGUGAUUCACUUGCCGGGAAGCUCGGCUUGAGUUAUAACAAUACCCUGGACCUCUAUACAUACGGGCCCAAUAUCUCUACCUACGAUGCUAUCGCUGGCUCAAACGUCUCUUUUACCUUUACUUUAUCCGAUCUCCCAGAUUCGUCAAAGUCCGUGAAUAUAACGCUACCUUUCGCUGCCUUUGAUCACAAACUUACAUACCCUUAUCCUGGCCUUGAUCAGAAUCAAAGCAGCGAGGGCCUCCGUUACUUUCCACUUAGGCGGACGACCGACCCAAAGAAACUUACAAUCGGUAGAGUGUUUCUCCAAGAAGCAUAUCUAACAGUCGACUACGAACGCCGUAACUUUUCCAUUUCCCAGGCUACUUUCAACCCUGAUUCCGGAAUUAGCAUGGACCUUGUGGCCAUCACUUCUCCUCCAAACAGUGCGUUCCCUGGCGGACACGGUGUCACACCGGAUCGGAAAAUUCCCAAAGCUGCUAUAGUAGGCGUUACUAUCGGCGUUUGUGCGGCAGUUAUAAUCGUCUCCUUGAUCGUACUCUUGUUCUACAGAAAACGGCGGUCCCGGGAGUUAUCCAUCAGCGAGAAAGAAGAGAAUCCACCCAGAUUUAAGUUUCUUUGGAAAUUCUGGCGCAGACCUGUUUCUCCCUCUAUGCCAGCAGAGUUAGUUGCUGAUAAACACCAUCCCGUUGAAGCAGACAACGCUGCCAUCCGCUACGAACUACCGGCAGCCACUCCUGUUGAAUUACCAGCGACUGAGAUAUCCGGUUACCGGUACGGACACUUGCAGAAGGCUCGCGACUUGGACAUGGAAGGAAACGAACCACCACCUCCACCUCUUAUCCAGUAUCAACACAUAACGACCAAUCCUUCAGAACAGGACCUCGUUAGCCCUAUAGGUCCAGGUUCGACCUUCGGCGCCUCAGAACUAAACAAUAGCCUCGGCAUCCCAUCUCCCAUUGCCACAUCUACCAAUUCCACAUCCCUAUCACAUAAAAGACCAGAUUCAUCUCCUUCACUGCUCACCUCUUGUCAGCACGCUGUAGAGCCGACAACUACCGGUACUUCUACUAGUGCAAUCCUCGACUCCCAGCCUCAAAGUGAACCCAAACCGGAUCUCACUAGGAAAUUCAGCUGGGAAAAAUAAAUUAUUCCCCAAAAUAUACCUAACGACUUUUCUGCAUUAUCACCCACCCCUUCCUAUAUUUGUUUUGGUCAUCAGAAUUGUUGCAUCAUUUGUAAAUAAUUCGCACAUACCCCGCAUAUUUUCGUUCUGGUUCUAUGCAUCGAGGCCUCCGUAUUAUGAGCCCUGCUUCUUAUUCUUUUUUUAGCGGUUUUGCAUGUAUCGAUAUAUUCCUUUCAAGCUAGCCCUUGCUUCCUUGCACAGACCCUUUUCCUUAUUUGAUAGUAGUCUAUGCUCAUACAUAACAUUCUAAGGAAUUUUUAGUUACCAGUCAGCUUUAUAAUUGACUUACUAUCUAAGAUGAUAUGUCAAUACUACUCCGAAACUUCAAUGCAUAAUGGGCAAUCGUGUCUAAUUAUCUGUCCUGAACACGCGAGCCGAUACUGAAUCCGUAUUGAUGACCGGCCAGCCUUAUCAAGGCAACCUGGGACCUUCCGGGCAGAGUUAUGGACACCACGCUAGACUUGUUUUACUCCUAUCGGAUAUAGCAUAGCGGUGGCAGCUGCUCGACAAAGUAGGAAGACGUGCUAGUUCUUUGUAGGAACCAUUGAGAUUUGUCAGGAAAGGCCGGCGAAAUUUCAUGCUCCACUCAAACACUAGCACUAUUUUUGACCAAUAUUGUCUGGCUCGCCAUGCCGGAAAACAGGAAAUAUAUACGGUCUAGAUACAUAUAUAGAGGUAGAGCUAGCAACGGAGACGGGUCGGAUGAGUGUCUUGAUGGACAAACAGUGGCUACGCCUUCCGGAGGAUGUGGUGUGAAAAAAA